GCCGUGACGUAUUUCCUGGGGCUUGUGUGGACCUCUCCAGCGGCACACCAGAGGGCUAUCAUGACUAUUUAUAACCAGCAAUUCUCCCUUAUCAAAUGUUCGCUGUGUUUUCCGUGCUGUCGUCGGUUCUAGCAGCGUUCGGUGUGAGACUACAACAAGCCGGGUGGAGCAGAAUGUAAAACGUAAGCUUGGUAAGCUGUGACUUUCCCCUUCCUUGUCUCUCCAUGCACCUGCAAGUACCGUGGGUGGCUCUGGCCUGGCAGAGAGGUGCUAUGCUCCGAGACUCUGCUGCUUCUGGAGACCCCAUGGCUGUUGGACCUCCAUCUCCCUCUGCGAGGAGGCGUAGGCUCACGCUGGUAGAGUGUGUAUUAUGGUCUCUGCUAAUCUUGCUGGUUUCUGGGCUGGAACCAGUGCUGAGUCAGAAAGUCUUCACCAACACAUGGGCUGUCCAUAUACCUGGAGGCCAGGAGGAAGCAGAAAAAAUUGCCAGUAAACACGGCUUUAUAAACUAUGGACAUGUUUUUGGUGACUAUUAUCACUUCAGGCAUCGUACAGUGGUGAAGAGAUCGUUGUCUGAUCACAGGGGCACACACAUCCGACUUCUUAAAAAUCCCAAGGUGGUCUGGGCAGAGCAGCAGGUGGUCAAAGAGAGGAAAAAAAGGGAUAUCUUUCUAGAACCUUUCGAUCCGCAAUUCAAAGACCAGUGGUACUUGUACAACGAAAACCACCGUGACUUGAAUGCCAAAGCUGCUUGGCAGUUGGGCUACACAGGUAAAGGGGUGGUUGUGUCCAUCCUGGAUGAUGGAAUAGAGAAGAACCAUCCUGACCUGAUGCAGAACUAUGACCCUGAUGCCAGCUAUGAUGUAAAUGAUGGAGACCCAGACCCUCAGCCUAGAUACACACAACUUAAUGACAACAGGCAUGGAACACGAUGUGCAGGAGAAGUGGCAGCAGCAGCCAACAAUGGGAUCUGUGGAGUCGGUGUGGCUUACAACGCCAAAAUUGGAGGUGUUCGCAUGCUGGAUGGUGAGGUGACAGACAUUGUUGAAGCCCAGUCCCUCAGCCUGAAUCCCCAACACAUCGACAUUUACAGCGCCAGUUGGGGCCCGGAAGAUGAUGGCAAAACUGUGGAUGGACCUGCCAAACUCGCCAAAGAGGCCUUUCAGCAUGGAGUUACUGAGGGCCGUGGAGGUUUAGGCUCCAUUUUUGUGUGGGCGUCCGGCAACGGGGGGCGACAGAAGGAUAGCUGUAACUGUGAUGGCUACACCAAUAGCAUCUAUACCCUAUCCAUCAGCAGCUCCACCCAGAAUGGCAAUGUCCCCUGGUACAGCGAGGCUUGCUCAUCCACCCUCGCCACCACCUACAGCUCCGGAAACAUGAAUGAAAAACAGAUAGUCACGACCGACCUGAAAUCUAAAUGCACAGACUCCCACACAGGAACCUCUGCUUCUGCCCCGCUGGCUGCUGGAAUAAUCGCUCUGGCUCUUGAGGCCAAUAAAAACUUGACCUGGAGGGACAUGCAACAUCUGGUUGUGCGAACUUCUCACCCCGCCCACCUGCUCACCAAUGACUGGAAUACCAAUGGGGUUGGACGCAAAGUCAGCCAUUCAUAUGGAUAUGGCCUACUUGAUGCCAGCGGAAUCGUAGCGCUGGCAAAGACGUGGACCAGCGUGGGGCCGCAGCGGAAAUGUGUAAUCACCUUGGUCAACGAGCCGAUGAACAUCGGCGGCCGUUUAUUAAUCAACAAGAGUGUGGACGCCUGCUUGGGGAGGGACACUCAUGUCACCUCACUGGAACACGUCCAAGCCCAGCUCACCUUGUCUUACAACCGGAGGGGGAAUCUAGCUAUUCACCUCAUUAGUCCUGCUGGCACGCGCUCCACAUUGCUCCACCCCAGGCCUCAUGACUACUCAUCGGAGGGUUUUAAUGACUGGGCUUUCAUGACCACCCAUUCCUGGGAUGAGAACCCCACAGGGAUGUGGACGCUGGAGAUUGAGAAUGUGGCUGGUGCCAGUGACUAUGGCACUCUGACCCAGUUCAUCCUGGUGCUGUAUGGUACCGGCUCCACAUCUUCCAGCUCCUCUGAUGAUUCUCAGCCUGCCAAUGGCAGCUGUAAGACUUUGGACCUGAGACAAAGAUGCCUUGAGUGCAAUGCCGGCUACUACCUCUUCCAGCAAGGCUGCGUGAAAGGAUGUCCACCUGGUUUUGCUGUGGGCUCCCAACCCCUCAACUACACCGUGGGCAACAAUAUUUCACCGGCCUCUGUCCCAGCCUGCCUGCCAUGCCCACAACCCUGCCAGACGUGCAGCAGCCUCAGCCCAGAGGCUUGCUUGUCCUGCCCACUUCACAAAUCCCUCAAUCCCAUCUCCGGCACCUGCGAACACGUCACACAGUACAUGCGCGAGUCCCCUGACAGCUUCAUGGUGGGCCAGGGGGAUGCCGGUUCUCAACCACAGCUCAGCUCCAGUCUGCCCAUGACCGUCGCCAUUCUCAGCUGCAUGGCCAUCAUUGCCAUUUUCGCCGGCAUCUUCCUCCUACUGCAGCUGCGCUCCGGGGCCCUAAUCAAGCUUCCGUCUCUGGAAGCCGGCAGCGGUCUCGGAGGCACGUUCAGCCUGGGCGGAAACAGGGUGGUUUCUUACCGUGGCCUUCCGACGGUGUGGGGGGAUGACGGGCUAAACACGGACUCGGACAACGAAGAGUUUGAUGUCCAAAAUGAGAGGACUGCCUUUAUCAAAACACAAAGUGCUCUUUAAUGCCUCCCUUUCCUCCCACAUUCUUUCUUCCUGCUUUUUGAAAUCCUCUUCACCAAUCGUUGGACAAUUCAGGGCUGUGGCAUCUUUGCUUUCCUGUUAUUUUCUGGUUUAAACGCUAAUCCGGACUCCUCAACCGCUUAGUUUAGUGGGUUCUCAUCUGAUUCCUUCUCCAAUCUCACUUCUGGAGUCCGGGCUGGAAGUCGCUACCCCCCUCGGAGCUCCGGGUGGCCGCAGCAUUCACACUUGGGUGCAUUUCCAUUAAACCAUCUGUCCUCCUCUUUUUUCUGUACCGUCAUCGUCUCCUGAUCCUUCACAAAACAGAACGUUAAUUUACUUUUCCUACUUUUUGCUUUUCCCAUUAGUCUCCAUGCAGUAGCCGGACGAGAUUGUUGAGGUGGUGCCAGUGUCCGUGUCGGAGUCCAUGUGAGUGUGUUAAAUCGACCGUACAACAGUGACUGGAGUCCUUUACAAACAAGAUUUUGACAUAUUUUGUUUACAAAAAAAAAAAAAAUAUCCAGUGCAUUCUGUAGAUGUGAUCUUUAAUAGCUCCUCACAGAUCUCUGCACUGCAAAUGGCAAAUAUAAAAGCCUGACUCUUUCUAACCCUGCAGCUAUGACAUGUAAAAAAAUGUCUAAUAGUAAAAAUGUACCCCAUUAACCCUGCAGCACCAUAGCAGCUGUUUUACUUGUGAUUGAUCUGCAAAGUGAGCAAACACAUUACCAAUACAUCAAUACUGUCCCCUGGCCAGGACUUAUUCGCACACCAAGUACACAUGCCUCAAAUUAGCAAUGACAUCUUGCUAAUGUGCAUGUCAGUGUGAGACGUAUCGGUAAAAGAUAAAUAUUUAUAUCCCCCUCUAAGGUGACAUUUUCUCCUCCGUCUCAUAUUCUUUCAAGCUUGAGUUAAAAGCCCCACACCUCAUCAACAUGGCUGCACUACAGUAUCUCCAUCAAACCUAAACUGAAGUGGAUCUCUUCACUAUAUGUCGCUGUUUUCUGGCUGAUGCUGCAGCAUCUGAGGUGCUUUUAUUUUGUAGUCCUACCUGACGGGAAGGUUGUUUUUAAACUUUGUGCUGCAUCUCAUGAUUGAAUUCCCUUGUAGCAAAGUGAAACCCAUUGAUCUCUUUUCACUUGCUUCACUGAAUUUCCCCGUUUUCCGUUUGGCGCUGCUGAGAGAGGUCGGUUGUCGUCAUUGCGAUGACGUGCAUACAAAACCACAGCUGCUCAUUCUUUUUAUCUACCUCUCGUUACUUGCUAUCACACAUUAACACAUACUCAAACUGAAGAAUAUUCUGGAACAUUCACGCUGGGGUUUGCGUGACUAAUUGAAAAGCGAGAAGCCGUCGCAAUUCCACAAAAAUGCUGUGUCCUCAAGCUGUUAUUUAUCACCUUUACUCGCAAUCCUUUUAGAGCCUGUCUUUCGAAAUGGAAUGGAUCAAGGGAUGGACGUUUAACUGUCAAACCAAGAUUGCUAGUUGGCGCUGUUUGUACUGCCCUCCUACUUUGAUUCUCUUGAGGUUUACACCUUUUUUUUGUUCUGACAAUCAAUUUUCUUGUAUAGAGCGCAAGACAGGCACGCAAGAUAAAUCCUUUAAACCGAGAACUCUUCCUACAAUUGUGCUAUUGCCCAGGUAAUUUGUUCCUAAUGUGGCUGUAGAGGACUGAUUGUGAAUCUACAUUAGUGCCUACUGACAAGGAUGCAGCUUUAAGUAGGAUACUUAUUUAAAGAAACUAUACAGCCUCAAAUAAAACAAUCUGAUUGACUUCCCAAAGCUUCUAAAAGCAUAAUAAUGGACCACUAAAAUUGCUUCCAACAGACCUACACCCUGGGACCAUUUUGUCACUACUGCAAAUAACUUCAGUGGAGUGUAUGCAGCAAGAUGUGCAACAUUUGGAGUAGUGUAUGUGCUUUCAAAGCUUUAGAACUUCCUAAAGUAUCGAGCGCUUCCGACGCACAAGGAGCUGCCAACUCUCAAAACGGAGAAUGUGAUGCAAGUCAAAAAUGUUCUCUCUGUGCCUGCAAGGUUCUGUUAUUUCUACCAACAAAAUGGUAACGCUGGAAUAUUUGGCUAAUUGUGCAUUUGUCUGUGCAUUUUGAGAAGAAAUGCUCAUAGGCUUCUGUAUUUUUUUAUUCAAACAGAUUGUGCAGCGCUGCCUUUGGGUCUCGUCUGGUGGGGCUGAAAUGAAGUUAAUAAGAGCAAUAUUUUUGCCAGAACCAAAGACAAUCAUUUUGUCUGUUUCGUCUUAAGAUGUUUUGCUUCCCACCUUCCCCAUUUUAAUUGUGUGUGAGUGCGUGCGUAUGUGGUUGGUCAUCAUGUGUCAUCACCAUGACGACACCCUGUAUUGUUGAGCUGCUGUGACAGGGGGAGCUAAAGAAUGUAUCCCAUCUCCUUUAAGGGCUGAAUCGGAUCCGUGCUUGUUCAAUAAACAUUAAAAUGUGUUUUGGGGGACAGGGGUGAAGGGUGGGGGGGAGCAGCCUCAGAUGACCCCCUGCUGUGUGGGGUCUGUGACUGCACACAGUACCUUAUACAUGUGUGACCAAUGAAAACUGGACAUUGACUUGGCUGACCUGGGACAAAACUCUAAAAUAAGGCCUAUUUUUGUACUCUAUGAAUGGUGCAGUGUAAUUUUCUUGUAAUUUAAAGAUUUUUUGCUCUUGUUUUCUUCUUUUUAUUUAAUUGAUGUCAAUUAUAGAUUCUACUAAAAAUAAAGAUCUAUGCAAAUUUGAA